AUGGAGAGAAUAGACUGUUCCUCGGAGCUGGAGUCACGGCUGUCAUCUCUCUCCGUCUCUGCCUUCUCCGGAAUAACAUCCAAACAGUGUGAGCAGCAGCCGGACACCAGAAUACAGGAUACAGACCAAGUCAAUAUGAACGAAACAACAGAAAAUGCUCCUAACCUUUUACAGGGUAAUGAUGAGGCCCCGGCUGAGCCAGUCCUGAGGGAGGGGACAGAAGAGAACAGUCCUGGGAGCUCUCCGCUCUCUGAGAUAAAAGCCCAGAUGCCGCCCUUGGAUCCCCCGACUACAUGGACAUCUGCCGGUCUGAAGGAGCUCAAGGCGAAGCUCCGUGGCGAGAAGGACAGUGUGGUGACCGUGUAUCGAGGAGACAUCAUGACCGUCCAUGUGCCCACUGUGCCCGAGGCUAAGAAGGUCUGCUGGGAGUUCACCACAGACGGAUACGACAUUGGCUUUGGAAUAUACUUCGACUGGAGUCCUGUGACGACGAGAGCCAUCACUGUCCACAUUAGUGAGUCCAGUGAUGAUGAGGAUGAAGAGGAGGAGCUGGAAGGACCUGUGUUGAACGGAGACGUGGAGAAAGGUUCCAAAAGCCAAGUCAACUCAAACACGUCCGAGAUCCUGCCCGUGUAUCGCCAGGACUCCCACCUGUCUGUGCACGGGGGCAGCCACGACUUCCCAGGUGAAGGCACGUAUCUGCUCAAGUUCGACAACUCCUACUCUCUGUGGAGGAACAAAACUCUCUAUUACCGGCCACUCCUCUUCCAGCUGUCACACACGCUGCAGGAGAGUGGAGCUUCUGAUGAACAAAUGGGGAAACUGAAUUUUUACGUCCUCUGGUCUCUGCGUGACGCUCCCCGACAGUUCAUGAGCAAAUCCAGUCGCAGGUGUUUCCAAGUGCACGUCCCGCUGCCGCUGCCCAAACAGCUGGUCAUCUUUGGCCUCGGGGAGUGGGAAAGCUGCGAUGAAAUUAUCUCUGUGGAAGUCCUGAGUGAUACUGACAGUGUCUGCAGCAGCACUCCUCAUGUCCACAGGAAGUGGUCGUUCCCCCAGGGACAAAAUGAAGUGGGUCUUUCCAGCACAAUGCAUCAGAGCACCAUCAAUGAAACGGACCAGACUCCCAGACGGGCCAUCAUCAGUAAAAGAGGCCACCUGACAUGGAGCUCUGAGGACGCGGACAGCCCCGAUGUGGUCAUCACCAGGGCUUCCACCCCCAAGAAGAGGCUGGUGUCCCGGAUGAACAGUCAGGAAGAAAUGACCAAGCAGAUAAAAAGCGACAACAGAGAGGUGUUGGCGUUUCCAUCCAGGCGCUGGACUCAAACCAUGUGUCUGAUUGACCCAGACACUGCUGUUCUCUUUGGAGGAGAAACCUCAAGUCAAAACUACUGCAAGGACCGACUGUGGAAGCUGGAACUAGGGAAAGACUUCUGGUUCCCGGUGGACUGCUCUGGGUCUGAACACGUGCCGCCCUGCGCUGGAGGCCACUCUGCCACUUAUGACCCAGACUCAAACUCACUCUACGUCUACGGAGGCCUGGGGGAGGGUCUUUCUUACAGCAUCCUGUACGUUUUAAACACGCUGACCUGGAGGUGGACGCUUGUCAAGACCCAGGGAAAUGUUCCGACAUUGGCGUAUCAUUCAGCUGCAUUUUACAAGAGGGAACUUUUCGUCUUUGGUGGAGUGAAGCCGAGCUCUUCCUCUGGAGAAAGAAACUGCAGUAACGCUCUGUACAUAUUCAACCCAGAGUUUGGCCUCUGGUACCAGCCCAUCGUGGAGGGAGACAAACCGCUACCACGAUUUGGACAUUCAGCCACUUUCCUCUCCCAGAAACUUGUCAUUUUUGGCGGCCGUAAAACUUCUACAUAUCUGAAUGAUCUUCAUAUUCUGGAUUUAGGCUUGAUGGAGUACACAGCUGUGAAGAGUGCAAAUAUGGCUCCACUGCCUCGGGGGUACCAUGCAGCUGUUCCUCUUUCAGACAAUAGAAUCCUAGUGAGUGGUGGAUGCAGUGCUGUUGGUGCUCUCCAGGACGUCCACAUCUUUAAUAUGGACACCAGGAUGUGGACUGCAGUGGUGUCCCCUCUGCUCUCGUCUGUGCCUCGGGCCGGACACAGUGUUGUUGUCGUGGGCGAAGAGAAACCAGGAGAGAGAACCCUCCUGGUGUUCGGCGGCUCUGACUGUGAUGGGACAUUUUACAACGAUUCUGCAAAGUGCAUUGUGGACAUCGGUGAUUAA